AUGGAUGUGGACAUGGACGUGGACAUGGAUGUGGACAUGGACGUGGACGUGGACAUGGACGUGGACAUGGACGUGGACAUGGACAUGGACGUGGACAUGGACGUGGACAUGGACGUGGACAUGGACAUGGACGUGGACAUGGACGUGGACAUGGACGUGGACGUGGACAUAGAGGUGGUCGUGGUCGUGGAUGUGGACAUGGUCGUGGACGUGGACAUGGACGUCGACAUGGGCGUGGACGUGGACAUGGACGUGGACAUGGUCGUGGACAUGGACAUGGACGUGGACGUGAACGUGGACAUGGACGUGGACAUGGACGUGGACAUGGACGUGGACAUGGACAUGGACGUGGACAUGGACGUGGACGUGAACAUGGACGUAAACGUGGACAUGGACGUGGACAUGGACGUGGACAUGGACGUGGACAUGGACGUUGACAUGGACGUGGACGUGGACGUGGACGUGGACAUGGACGUGGACAUGGACGUGGACAUGGACGUGGACAUGGACGUGGACAUGGACGUGGACAUGGACGUGGACAUGGACGUGGACAUGGACGUGGACAUGGACGUGGACGUGGACGUGGACAUGGACGUGGAUGUGGACAUGGACAUGGACAUGGACGUGGACGUGGACGUGGACAUGGACGUGGACGUGGACGUGGACAUGGACAUGGACGUGGACAUGGACGUGGACAUGGACGUGGACAUGGACAUGGACGUGGACAUGGACGUGGACGUGGACGUGGACAUAGAGGUGGUCGUGGUCGUGGUCGUGGACGUGGACAUGGUCGUGGACGUGGACAUGGACGUGGACAUGGUCGUGGACGUGGACAUGGACGUGGACAUGGUCGUGGACAUGGACGUGGACGUGGACGUGAACGUGGACAUGGACGUGGACAUGGACGUAGACAUGGACGUGGACGUGGACAUGGACGUGGACAUGGACGUGGAUGUGGACGUGGACGUGAACGUGGACGUGGACGUGGACGAGGACUUGGACGUGGACAUAUACGUGGACAUGGACGUGGACAUGGACGUGGACAUGGACAUGGACGUGGACAUGGACGUGGACAUGGACGUGGACAUGGACGUGGACAUGGACGUGGAUGUGGACGUGGACGUGAACGUGGACGUGGACAUGGUUGUGGACGUGGACGUGGAUGUGGACAUGGUUGUGGACGUGGACGUAGACGUGGACGUGGACGUGGACAUGGACGUGGACGUGGACAUGGUCGUGGACGUGGACGUGGACUUGGACGUGGACGUGGACGUGGACGUGGACAUGGACAUGGACGUGGACGUGGACGUGGACAUGGACGUGGACGUGGACGUGGACGUGGACGUGGACGUGGACAUGGUCAUGGACGUGGACGUGGACGUGGACAUGGACGUGGACGUGGACGUGGACAUGGACGUGGACGUGGAUGUUGACGUGGACAUGGACGUGGACAUGGUCGUGGACGUGGACGUGGACGUGGACAUGGACGUGGACGUGGACAUGGACGUGGACAUGGACGUGGACGUGGACGUGGACAUGGACGUGGACGUGGACGUGGACGUGGACAUGGACAUGGACGUGGACGUGGACAUGGACGUGGACAUGGACGUGGACGUGGACGUGGACAUGGACGUGGACGUGGACAUGGACGUGGACAUGGACAUGGACGUGGACAUGGACGUGGACAUGGACAUGGACGUGGACGUGGACGUGGACGUGGACAUGGACGUGGACGUGGACGUGGAUGUGGACAUGGUUGUGGACGUGGACGUAGACGUGGACGUGGACAUGGACGUGGACGUGGACAUGGUCGUGGACGUGGACGUGGACGUGGACUUGGACGUGGACGUGGACGUGGACGUGGACAUGGACAUGGAUGUCGACGUGGACGUGGACAUGGACGUGGACGUGGACGUGGACGUGGACGUGGACAUGGUCAUGGACGUGGACGUGGACGUGGACAUGGACGUGGACGUGGACGUGGACAUGGACGUGGACGUGGAUGUUGACGUGGACAUGGACGUGGACAUGGUCGUGGACGUGGACGUGGACGUGGACAUGGACGUGGACGUGGACAUGGACGUGGACAUGGACGUGGACGUGGACGUGGACAUGGACGUGGACGUGGACGUGGACAUGGACAUGGACGUGGACGUGGACAUGGACGUGGACAUGGACGUGGACGUGGACGUGGACAUGGACGUGGACAUGGACAUGGACGUGGACGUGGACGUGGACAUGGUCGUGGACAUGGACGUGGUCGUGGACGUGGACAUGGACGUGGACAUGGACGUGGACAUGGACGUGGACAUGGACAUGGACGUGGACGUGGACGUGGACGUGGACAUGGACGUGGACGUGGACGUGGAUGUGGACAUGGUUGUGGACGUGGACGUAGACGUGGACGUGGACAUGGACGUGGACGUGGACAUGGUCGUGGACGUGGACGUGGACGUGGACUUGGACGUGGACGUGGACGUGGACGUGGACAUGGACAUGGAUGUCGACGUGGACGUGGACAUGGACGUGGACGUGGACGUGGACGUGGACGUGGACAUGGUCAUGGACGUGGACGUGGACGUGGACAUGGACGUGGACGUGGACGUGGACAUGGACGUGGACGUGGAUGUUGACGUGGACAUGGACGUGGACAUGGUCGUGGACGUGGACGUGGACGUGGACAUGGACGUGGACGUGGACAUGGACGUGGACAUGGACGUGGACGUGGACGUGGACAUGGACGUGGACGUGGACGUGGACAUGGACAUGGACGUGGACGUGGACAUGGACGUGGACAUGGACGUGGACGUGGACGUGGACAUGGACGUGGACGUGGACAUGGACGUGGACAUGGACGUGGACAUGGACGUGGACAUGGACGUGGACAUGGACAUGGACGUGGACGUGGACGUGGACGUGGACAUGGACGUGGACAUGGACAUGGACAUGGACGUGGACGUGGACGGCGACGUGGACAUGGUCGUGGACGUGGACAUGGACGUGGACAUGGUCGUGGACGUGGACAUGGACGUGGACAUGGUCGUGGACGUGGACGUGGACGUGGACCUGGACGUGGACAUGGACGUGGACAUGGACGUGGACGUGGACGUGGACAUGGACGUGGACGUGGACAUGGAUGUCGAUAUGGACGUGGACGUGGACGUGGACAUGGACGUGGACGUGGACGUGGACCUGGACGUGGACGUGGACGUGGACAUGGACGUGGACAUGGACGUGGACGUGGACGUGGACAUGGACGUCGACGUGGACGUGGACAUGGACGUGGACGUGGACGUGGACGUGGACGUGGAGGACUUGGACGUAAACAUGGACGUGGACGUGGACAUGGACGUGGACGUGGACAUGGACGUGGACGUGGACGUGGACGUGGACGUGGACAUGGACGUGGACGUGGACAUGGACGUGGACGUGGACGUGGACAUGGACGUGGACAUGGACGUGGACAUGGACGUGGACAUGGACAUGGACGUGGACAUGGACGUGGACAUGGACGUGGACAUGGUCGUGGACGUGGACGUGGACGUGAACGUGGACGUGGACAUGGUUGUGGACAUGGACGUGGACGUGGACAUGGUUCUGGACGUGGAUGUAGACGUGGACGUGGACGUGGACAUGGACGUGGACGUGGACAUGGUCGUGGACGUGGACGUGGACGUGGACAUGGACGUGGACAUGGACGUGGACGUGGACGUGGACGUGGACGUGGACAUGGACGUGGACGUGGACAUGGACGUGGACGUGGACGUGGACGUGGACAUGGACGUGGACGUGGACAUGGACGUGGACGUGGACGUGGACGUGGACAUGGACGUGGACGUGGACGUGGACGUGGACAUGGAUGUGGACGUGGACGUGGACGUGGUCGUGGACGUGGACGUGGACAUGGACGUGGACAUGGACGUGGACGUGGACGUGGACGUGGACAUGGACGUGGACAUGGACGUGGACGUGGACGUGGACGUGGACGUGGACGUGGACGUGGUCGUGGAUGUGGACGUGGACAUGGACGUGGUCUUGGACGUGGUCGUGGACGGUGACAUGGACGUGGACAUGGACGUGGACGUGGACGUGGACGUGGACGUGGACAUGGACGUGGACGUGGACGUGGACGUGGACGUGGACAUGGACGUGGACGUGGACGUGCACGUGGACGUGGACGUGGACGUGGACGUGCACGUGCACGUGGACGUGGACGUGGACAUGGACGUGGACGUGGACGUGGACGUGGACGUGGACGUGAACGUGGACGUGGACGUGGACAUGGACGUGGACGUGGACGUGGACGUGGACGUGGACGUUGACGUGGACGUGGAUGUGGACGUGGACGUGGACAUGGACGUGGACGUGGACGUGGACAUGGACGUGGACGUGGACUUGGACGUAGACGUGGACAUGGACUUGGACGUGGACGUGGACCUGGACGUGGACAUUGACGUGGACGUGGACAUGGACGUGGACGUGAACGUGGACGUGGACGUGGACGUGGACUUGGACGUGGACAUGGACGUGGACAUGGACGUGGACGUGGACGUGGACAUGGACGUGGACGUGGACGUGGACAUGGACGUGGAUAUGGACGUGGACGUGGACAUGGACGUGGACGUGGACGUGGACGUAGACGUGGAGGUGGACAUGGACGUGGACGAGGACAUGGACGUGGACGUGGACGUGGACGUGGACAUGGACGUGGACAUGGACGUGGACGUGGACGUGGACGUGGACGUGGACAUGGACGUGGACAUGGACGUGGACGUGGACGUGGACGUGGACAUGGACGUGGACGUGGACGUCGAUGUGGACGUGGACGUGGACGUGGACGGGUACGUCGAUGUGGACGUGGACGUGGACGUGGACGUGGACGAGGACUUGGACGUGGACAUGGACGUGGACGUGGACGUGGACGUGGACGAGGACUUGGACGUGGACGUGGACGUGGAGAUGGACGUGGACGUGGACCUGGACCUGGACGUGGACAUGGACGUGGACGUGGACCUGGACGUGGACGUGGACGUGGACGUGGACAUGGACGUGGACGUGGACAUGGACAUGGACGUGGACAUGGACGUGGACAUGGACGUGUACGUGGACAUGGACGUGGACAUGGACGUGGACGUGGACAUGGACAUGGACGUGGACGUGGACGUGGACAUGGACGUGGACCUGGACGUGGACAUGGACGUGGACGUGGAGGACUUGGACCUGAACAUGGACGUUGACGUGGACGUGGACGUGGACGUGGACAUGGUCGUGGACGUGGACGUGGACGUGGACGUGGAGGUGGACAUGGAUGUGGACGUGGACGUGGACUUGGACAUAGACAUGGACGUGGACGUGGACAUGGACGUGGACGUGGACAUGGAUGUGGACGUGGACGUGGACACGGACGUAGACGUGGACGUGGACGUGGACGUGGACGUGGACAUGGACGUGGACAUGGACGUGGACGUGGACGUGGACGUGGACAUGGACGUGGACGUGGACGUGGACGUGGAGACGUGGACGACUUGGACGUGGACAUGGACGUGGACGGGACACGUGGACGUGGACGUGGACGUGGACGUGGACAUGGAUGUGGACGUGGACGUGAACGUGGACGUGGGCGUCGACAUGGACGUGGACGUGGACGUGGACAUGGACGUGGACAUGGACGUGGUCGUGGACGUGGACAUGGACGUGGUCGUGGACGUGAACGUGGACGUGAACGUGGACGUGGACGUGGACGUGGACUUGGACGUGGACGUGGACGUAGACGUGGACGUGGACGUGGACGUGGACGUGGACGUGGACGUAGACGUGGACGUGGACGUGGACGUGGACGUGGACGUCGACAUGGACGUGGACGUGGACGUGGACGUGGACGUCGACAUGGACGUGGACGUGGACGUGGACGUGGACGUGGACAUGGACGUGGACGUGGACGUGGAGGUGGACGUGGACAUGGUCGUGGACGUGGACGUGGACGUGGACGUGGACGUGGAGAUGGUCGUGGACGUGGACGUGGACAUAGACAUGGACAUGGACGUGGUCGUGAACGUGGACGUGGACAUGGACGUGGACGUGGACGUGGACGUGGACGUGAACGUGGACGUGGACGUCGACGUGGACGUGAACGUGGACGUGGACGUGGACGUGGACGUCGACAUGGACGUGGACGUGGACGUGGACAUUGUCGACAUGGACGUGGACGUGGACGUGGACGUGGACGUCGACAUCGACGUGGACGUGGACGUGGAUGUGGACGACUUGGACGUGGACAUGGACGUGGACGUGGACAUGGACGUGGACUUGGACGUGGACGUGGACGUGGACGUGGACCUGGUCGUGGACGUGGACGUGGACGUGGACCUGGACGUGGACGUGGACGUGGACGUGGACUUGGACUUGGACGUGGACGUGGACGUGGUCGUGGACAUGGACGUGGACGUGGACGUGGACGUGGACAUGGACGUGGACGUGGACAUGGUCGUGGACGUGGAGGUGGACGUGGACAUGGUCGUGGACGUGGACGUGGAGGACUUGGACAUGGACUUGGACGUGGACGUGGACAUGGACGUGGACGUGGACGUGGACGAGGACGUGGACGUGGACAUGGACGUGGACGUGGACGUGGACGUGGACAUGGUCGUGGACGUGGACGUGGACGUGGACGUGGACAUGGACAUGGACGUGGACGUGGACAUGGACGUGGACGUGGACGUGGAUGUGGACAUGGACGUGGACGUGGACGUGGACGUGGACAUGGACGGGGACGUGGACGUGGACGUGGACAUGGUCGCGGACGUGGACGUGGACGUGGAAAUGGACCUGGACGUGGACGUGGACGUGGACAUGGACGUGGACGUGGACGUGGACUUGGACUUGGAAGUGGACGUGGACGUGGACAUGGUCGUGGACAUGGACGUGGACGUGGACGUGGACAUGGACAUGGACGUGGACGAGGAUGUGGACAUGGUUCUGGACGUGGAUGUGGACGUGGACAUGGUCGUGGACUUGGACGUGGAGGACUUGGACGUCGACAUGGACCUGGACGUGGACAUGGAUGUGGACUUGGACGUGGACGUGGACGUGGACGUGGACGUGGACAUGGACGUGGACGUGGACGUGGACGUGGACGUGGACGUGGACAUGGUCGUGGACGUGGACGUGGAGGACUUGGACGUGGACAUGGACAUGGACGUGGACGUGGACGUGGACGUGGACAUGGACGUGGACGUGGACAUGGACCUGGACGUGGACGUGGACGUGGACGUGGACAUGGACGUGAACGUGGACAUGGACGUGGACCUGGACGUGGACGUGGACGUGGACGUGGACCUGGACGUGGACAUGGACGUGGACAUGAACGUGGACGUGGACGUGGACGUGAACGUGGACGUGAACGUGGACGUGGACGUGGACGUGAACGUGGACGUGAACGUGGACGUGGACGUGGACGUCGACGUGGACGUCGACAUGGACGUCGACAUGGACGUGGACGUGGACGUGGACGUGGACGUGGACGUAGACAUGGACGUGGACGUGGACGUGGAUGUGGACGUCGACAUGGACGUGGACGUGGACGUGGACGUGGACAUGGACGUGGACGUGGACGUGGAGGUGGACGUGGACAUGGUCGUGGACGUGGACGUGGACGUGGACGUGGAGAUGGUCGUGGACGUGGACGUGGACAUAGACAUGGACAUGGACGUGGUCGUGGACGUGGACGUGGACAUGGACAUGGACGUGGACGUGGACGUGAACGUGGACGUCGACGUGGACGUGGACGUGGACGUGGACGUGGACAUGGACGUGGACGUGGACGUGGACGUGGACGUCGACGUCGACGUCGACGUCGACGUGGACGUGGACGUGGACGUGGACGUGGACGUGGAGGUGGACGUGGACGUGGACGUGGAGGUGGACGUGGACGUGGACGUGGACAUGGACGUGGACAUGGACGUGGACGUGGACGUGGACGUGGAGAUGGUCGUCGACGUGGACGUGGACAUGGACAUGGACAUGGACGUGGUCGUGGACGUGGACGUGGAUGUGGACAUGGAUGUGGACAUGGACGUGGACGUGGACGUGGACGUAGACGUGGACGUGGACGUCGACGUCGACAUGGACGUGAACGUGGACGUGAACGUGGACGUGAACGUGGACGUGGACGUGGACGUGGACGUGGACGUGGACGUGGACAUGGACGUGGACGUGGACAUGGACGUGGACGUGGAUGUGGACAUGGACGUGGACGUGGACGUGGACGUGGACGUUGUGGAGAUUAACUCUACAACGGGCGAGGCCAACACUCCAUUCUCGUUAACAGACGUGGACGUGGACGUGAACGUGGACGUGGACGUGGACGUCGACAUGGACGAGGACGUGGACGUGGACGUGGACGUGGACAUGGAUCUGGACGUGCACGUGGACGUGGACGUGGACGUGAACGUGGACGUGGACGUCGACAUGGACGUGGACGAGGACGUGGACGUGAACAUGGACGUGCACGUGGACGUGGACGUGGACGUAAACAUGGACGUGGACGUGAACGUGGACGUGGACGUCGACAUGGACACGGACGUAGACGUGGACGUGGACAUGGACGUGGACGUGUACUUGGAGGUGGACGUGGACAUGGUCGUGGACGUGGACAUGGACGUGGACGUGGACGUGGAGAUGGUCGUGGACGUGGACGUGGACAUGGACAUGGACGUGGUCGUGGACGUGGACGUGGACGUGGACAUGGUCGUGGACGUGGACGUGGACGUGGACAUGAACGUGGAGAUGGUCAUGGACGUGGACGUGGACAUAGACAUCGACAUGGACGUGGUCGUGGACGUGGACGUGGACGUGGACAUGGACGUGGACGUGGACGUGGACGUGGACGUGAACGUGGACGUGGACGUCGACAUGGACGUGGACGUGGACGUGGACGUGGACGUGAACGUGGACGUGGACGUUGACAACGACGUCGACGUCGACGUCGACGUGGACGUGGACGUGGACGUCGACAUGGACGUGGACGUGGACGUGGACGUGGACAUGGAUGUGGACGUGGACAUGGACGUGGACGUGGACAUGGUCCUGGACGUGGACGAGGACGUGGACGUGGAGAUGGUCGUGGACGUGGACGUGGACGUGGACAUGGUCGUGGACGUGGACGUGGAGGACAUGGACGUGGACGUGGACGUGGACAUGGACGUGGAUGUGGAUGUGGACGUGGACGUGGACAUGGACGUGGACGUGGACGUGGACGUGGACGUGGACGUGGACAUGGACGUGGACGUGGACGUGGACGUGGACAUGGUCGUGGACGAGGACGUGGACGUGGACCUGGACCUGGACGUGGACGUGGACCUGGACCUGGACGUGGACCUGGACAUGGUCGUGGACGUGGACAUGGUCGUGGACGUGGACGUGGAGAUGGUCGUGGACGUGGACGUGGACGUGGAGGACUUGGACGUGGACGUGGACGUGGAGGACUUGGACGUGGACGUGGACGUGGACGUGGACAUGGACGUGGACGUGGACGUGGACAUGGACGUGGACAUGGACGUGGACGUGGACGUGGACAUGGACGUGGACGUGGACGUGGACAUGGACGUGGACAUGGACGUGGACAUGGACGUGGACAUGGACGUGGACGUCGACAUGGACGUGAACGUGGACGUGGACGUGGACGUGAACGUGGACGUGGACGUGGACGUGGACGUGGACGUGGACGUGGACGUGGACAUGGACGUGGACGUGGACGUGGACGUGGACGUGGACGUAGACAUGGACGUGGACGUGGACGUGGACGUCGACAUGGACGUGGACGUGGACGUGGACGUGGACAUGGACGUGGACGUGGACGUGGAGGUGGACGUGGACAUGGUCGUGGACGUGGACGUGGACGUGGACGUGGAGAUGGUCGUGGACGUGGACGUGGACAUAGACAUGGACAUGGACGUGGUCGUGGACGUGGACGUGGACAUGGACAUGGACGUGGACGUGGACGUGGACGUGAACGUGGACGUGGACGUCGACGUGGACGUGGACGUGGACGUGGACGUGGACGUGGACAUGGACGUGGACGUGGACGUGGACGUGGAUGUCGACGUGGACGUCGACGUCGACGUCGACGUGGACGUGGACGUGGACGUGGAGGUGGAGGUGGACGUGGACGUGGAGGUGGACGUGGACGUGGACGUGGACAUGGACGUGGACAUGGACGUGGACGUGGACGUGGACGUGGAGAUGGUCGUGGACGUGGACGUGGACAUGGACAUGGACAUGGACGUGGUCGUGGACGUGGACGUGGAUGUGGACAUGGAUGUGGACAUGGACGUGGACGUGGACGUGGACGUGGACGUGGACGUCGACAUGGACGUGAACGUGGACGUGAACGUGGACGUGAACGUGGACGUGGACGUGGACGUGGACGUGGACGUGGACAUGGACGUGGACGUGGACGUGGACGUGGACGUGGACGUGGAUGUGGACAUGGACGUGGACGUGGACGUGGACGUGGACGUUGUGGAGAUUAACUCUACAACGGGCGAGGCCAACACUCCAUUCCCGUUAACAGACGUGGACGUGGACGUGAACAUGGACGUGGACGUGGACGUCGACAUGGACGAGGACGUGGACGUCGACGUGGACGUGGACGUGGACAUGGACCUGGACGUGGACGUGGACGUGGACGUGGACGUGUACGUGGACGUGGACGUCGACAUGGACGUGGACGAGGACGUGGACGAGAACAUAGACGUGGACGUGGACGUGGACGUAAACAUGGACGUGGACGUGAACGUGGACGUGGACGUCGACAUGGACACGGACGUGGACGUGGACGUGGACAUGGACGUGGACGUGUACUUGGAGGUGGACGUGGACAUGGUCGUGGACGUGGACAUGGACGUGGACGUGGACGUGGAGAUGGUCGUGGACGUGGACGUGGACAUGGACAUGGACGUGGUCGUGGACGUGGACGUGGACGUGGACAUGGACAUGGUCGUGGACGUGGACGUGGACGUGGACAUGAACGUGGAGAUGGUCAUGGACGUGGACGUGGACAUGGACAUCGACAUGGACGUGGUCGAGGACGUGGACGUGGACGCGGACAUGGACGUGGACGUGGACAUGGACGUGGACGUGGACGUGAACGUGGACGUGGACGUCGACAUGGACGUGGACGUGGACGUGGACGUGGACGUGAACGUGGACGUGGACGUGGACAACGACGUCGACGUCGACGUCGACGUGGACGUGGACGUCGACAUGGACGUGGACGUGGACGUGGACGUGGACAUGGAUGUGGACGUGGACAUGGACGUGGACGUGGACAUGGUCGUGGACGUGGACGAGGACGUGGACGUGGAGAUGGUCGUGGACGUGGACGUGGACGUGGACAUGGUCGUGGACGUGGACGUGGAGGACAUGGACGUGGACGUGGAUGUGGACAUGGACGUGGAUGUGGAUGUGGACGUGGACGUGGACAUGGACGUGGACGUGGACGUGGACGUGGACGUGGACAUGGACGUGGACGUGGACGUGGACGUGGACAUGGUCGUGGACGAGGACGUGGACGUGGACCUGGACCUGGACGUGGACGUGGACCUGGACCUGGACGUGGACCUGGACAUGGUCGUGGACGUGGACAUGGUCGUGGACGUGGACGUGGAGAUGGUCGUGGACGUGGACGUGGACGUGGAGGACUUGGACGUGGACGUGGACGUGGAGGACUUGGACGUGGACGUGGACUUGGACGUGGACGUGGACGUGGACGUGGACAUGGACGUGGACGUGGACGUGGACGUGGACAUGGACGUGGACGUGGACAUGGACGUGGACGUGGACGUGGACAUGGACGUGGACGUGGACGUGGACAUGGUGGUGGACGUGGACGUGGACGUGGACCUGGACUUGGACGUGGACGUGGACGAGGACGUGGACAUGGACGUGGACGUUGACGUGGACGUGGACGUGGACCUGGACGUGGACGUGGACGUGGACGUGGACAUGGACGUGGACGUGGACGUGGACGUGGACGUGGACGUGAACGUAGACGUGGACGUGGACGUGGACGUGGACGUGGACAUGGACUUGGACGUGGACGUGGACGUGGACGUGGACAUGGACGUGGACAUGGACGUGGACGUGGACGUGGACAUGGACGUGGACGUGGACGUGGACAUGGACAUGGACGUGGACAUGGACGUGGACGUGGACAUGGACAUGGACGUGGACAUGGACGUGGACGUGGACGUGGACGUGGACAUGGACGUAGACAUGGACAUGGACGUGGACAUGGACGUGGACGUGGACAUGGAUAUGGACGUGGACAUGGACGUGGACGUGGACAUGGACGUGGACGUGGACGUGGACGUGGACGUGGACGUAGACGUGGACGUGGACGUGGACAUGGUCGUGGACGUGGACGUGGACGUGGACGUAGACGUGGACGUGGACGUGGAGAUGGUCGUGGACGUGGACGUGGACGUGGAGGACUUGGACGUGGACGUCGACGUGGAGGACUUGGACGUGGACGUGGACUUGGACGUGGACGUGGACGUGGACAUGGACGUGGACGUGGACGUGGACGUGGACAUGGACGUGGACGUGGACAUGGACGUGGACGUGGACGUGGACGUGGACGUGGACGUGGACGUGGACCUGGACAUGGUGGUGGACGUGGACGUGGACGUGGACCUGGACCUGGACGUGGACGUGGACGUGGACGUGGACAUGGACGUGGACGUCGACGUGGACGUGGACGUGGACCUGGACGUGGACGUGGACGUGGACGUGGACGUGGACAUGGACGUGGACGUGGACGUAAACGUAGACGUGGACGUGGACGUGGACGUGGACGUGGACAUGGACUUGGACGUGGACGUGGACGUGGACGUGGACAUGGACGUGGACAUGGACGUGGACAUGGACGUGGACAUGGACGUGGACGUGGACGUGGACAUGGACAUGGACGUGGACAUGGACGUGGACGUGGACAUGGACAUGGACGUGGACAUGGACGUGGACGUGGACGUGGACGUGGACAUGGACGUGGACAUGGACAUGGACGUGGACAUGGACGUGGACGUGGACAUGGACAUGGACGUGGACAUGGACGUGGACGUGGACAUGGACGUGGACGUGGACGUGGACAUGGACGUGGACGUAGACGUGGACGUGGAGAUGGUCGUGGACGUGGACGUGGACGUGGAGGACUUGGACGUGGACGUGGACGUGGAGGACUUGGACGUGGACGUGGACUUGGACGUGGACGUGGACGUGGACGUGGACAUGGACGUGGACGUGGACGUGGACGUGGACAUGGACGUGGACGUGGACAUGGACGUGGACGUGGACGUGGACAUGGACGUGGACGUGGACGUGGACAUGGUGGUGGACGUGGACGUGGACGUGGACCUGGACUUGGACGUGGACGUGGACGAGGACGUGGACAUGGACGUGGACGUUGACGUGGACGUGGACGUGGACCUGGACGUGGACGUGGACGUGGACGUGGACAUGGACGUGGACGUGGACGUGGACGUGGACGUGGACGUGAACGUAGACGUGGACGUGGACGUGGACGUGGACGUGGACAUGGACUUGGACGUGGACGUGGACGUGGACGUGGACAUGGACGUGGACAUGGACGUGGACGUGGACGUGGACAUGGACGUGGACGUGGACGUGGACAUGGACAUGGACGUGGACAUGGACGUGGACGUGGACAUGGACAUGGACGUGGACAUGGACGUGGACGUGGACGUGGACGUGGACAUGGACGUAGACAUGGACAUGGACGUGGACAUGGACGUGGACGUGGACAUGGACAUGGACGUGGACAUGGACGUGGACGUGGACAUGGACGUGGACGUGGACGUGGACGUGGACGUAGACGUGGACGUGGACGUGGACAUGGUCGUGGACGUGGACGUGGACGUGGACGUAGACGUGGACGUGGACGUGGAGAUGGUCGUGGACGUGGACGUGGACGUGGAGGACUUGGACGUGGACGUCGACGUGGAGGACUUGGACGUGGACGUGGACUUGGACGUGGACGUGGACGUGGACGUGGACAUGGACGUGGACGUGGACGUGGACAUGGACGUGGACGUGGACAUGGACGUGGACGUGGACGUGGACGUGGACGUGGACGUGGACGUGGACCUGGACAUGGUGGUGGACGUGGACGUGGACCUGGACCUGGACGUGGACGUGGACGUGGACGUGGACAUGGACGUGGACGUCGACGUGGACGUGGACGUGGACCUGGACGUGGACGUGGACGUGGACGUGGACGUGGACAUGGACGUGGACGUGGACGUAAACGUAGACGUGGACGUGGACGUGGACGUGGACGUGGACAUGGACUUGGACGUGGACGUGGACGUGGACGUGGACAUGGACGUGGACAUGGACGUGGACGUGGACGUGGACAUGGACGUGGACGUGGACGUGGACAUGGACAUGGACGUGGACAUGGACGUGGACGUGGACAUGGACAUGGACGUGGACAUGGACGUGGACGUGGACGUGGACGUGGACAUGGACGUGGACAUGGACAUGGACGUGGACAUGGACGUGGACGUGGACAUGGACAUGGACGUGGACAUGGACGUGGACGUGGACAUGGACGUGGACGUGGACGUGGACAUGGACGUGGACGUAGACGUGGACGUGGACGUGGACAUGGUCGUGGACGUGGACGUGGACCUGGACGUGGACGUGGACGUGGACGUGGACAUGGACGUGGACGUCGACGUGGACGUGGACGUGGACCUGAACAUGGACGUGGACGUGGACGUGGAUGUGAACGUGGACGUGGACGUCGACAUGGACGUGGACGUGGACGUGGACGUGAACGUGGACGUGGACGUGGACGUCGACGUCGACGUGGACGUGGACCUGGACGUGGACGUGGACGUGGACGUGGACGUGGACGUGGACAUGGACGUGGACUUGGACUUGGACGUGGACGUGGAUGUGGACGUGGUCGUGGACAUUGACGUGGACGUGGACGUGGACGUGGACAUGGACGUGGACGUGGACAUGGUCGUGGACGUGGAUGUGGACGUGGACAUUGUCGUGGACGAGGACGUGGAGGACUUGGACGUGGACAUGGACGUGGACGUGGACAUGGACGUGGACUUGGACAUGGACGUGGAUGUGGACGUGGACGUGGACAUGGACGUGGACGUGGAGGACUUGGACAUGGACAUGGACAUGGACAUGGACGUGGACAUGGACGUGGACAUGGACGUGGACGUGGACGUGGACGUGGACAUGGACGUGGACAUGGACGUGGACCUGGACGUGGACCUGGACGUGGACGUGGACAUGGACGUGGACGUGGACGUGGACGUGGACGUGGACAUGGACGUGGACGUGGACAUGGACGUGGACUUGGACUUGGACGUGGACGUGGAUGUGGACGUGGUCGUGGACAUUGACGUGGACGUAGACGUGGACGUCGACAUGGACGUGGACGUGGACAUGGUCGUGGACGUGGAUGUGGACGUGGACAUGGUCGUGGACGAGGACGUGGAGGACUUGGACGUGGACAUGGACGUGGACGUGGACAUGGACGUGGACUUGGACAUGGACGUGGAUGUGGACGUGGACGUGGACAUGGACGUGGACGUGGAGGACUUGGACAUGGACAUGGACAUGGACAUGGACGUGGACAUGGACGUGGACAUGGACGUGGACGUGGACGUGGACGUGGACGUGGACAUGGACGUGGACAUGGACGUGGACGUGGACGUGGACCUGGACGUGGACGUGGACAUGGACGUGGACGUGGACGUGGACAUGGACGUGGCAUGGACGUGGACGUGGACGUGGACGUGA